AUGCCUUCGCUACUGUCUAUUUUCCGACCCCCUAAGAACAGAACCACCUCUGCCCCUCCCGGGAACUGUCAAGCCUGUCCUCAACGCCGCCGUGGACGACCUCUCAGCACCGACGGUCCUCAGACCACGGUGCCAAGCGAGGAAAAAAAGACGCUCAUUCAUCUCCAUAACACACUGCCAACUUUGGUAACAGACGAUCGCACUUCGCAGGCCCCGGCAGCAAGUGAGGAAAACGCAGCGCCACAGGAGGAGCAGAGUGCGUCCAACGAGUUUACAGUCCUUACCCAGACCGAUGUUCAAGCCUCGCCAGAUUCAUUGGACGUCGCCAGUACACCACCCAUUGGAUCCCCCAAAACAGUGCACUCCCAGAGCCAUGAGGGAGAGAGUCGUUCUCGAUCUCGACAUAGUUCUCGCCGGCUCAAAAAAUUCAUGUCUCGUUUACACUUGGGUCAAUCCCGGGCCCAAAGCACAGUAUCUGAAAGCUUAACCACUGCAGUUCCCCAAAUAUCCCGGGUUCCCCAGGUGCUGCCCUUUGCUCAAAGCCCCGAACCGACGACUGAUCCUAUCAAGAGGGAUCCUCCAUCAGGCGACCAUCAGCCAAUCGAGCGUGAGGCCCUUGAGCAAAGGAACGUCAGCGCGCAAACUGUAGAAUCUCAGGAGUCAAAUCACACAACGGAAACUGUCAAUCGCCGUCCCUCUCAACGGAAUCCACUGUCUCUCAACGAGCUGCCGGACGAUGGGUUUUGGUCUGGCAUUUUGCACUACGAGGGAAAAGUCGAACAUGUCUUUGAAGGUUCCGAUCCUUUCUCCGAUGGGAAAAAUAUUGAUUCCCGGCAUCAAGGCGUUGCAUCUUCCUCCAGAUACACUGGCAGCGAAGAUCAAAGCACCCGCGGCACGAGACAUUCACUCACUUCGCAGGCUAUCAGUCAAGCCGAGAGCACUCACCUGCCAUCUUUAAAGUCGUCCAAAUCUCGUAACAGCGCCCAGGCGGAGCCAUCCAUGAAAUCGAGCAGGGCUACUUCCAUGGCCAGCCAUGCAAGUAGAGGCACGGAGGUGAAGACGGAUGCCGAAGAGGAUGAACACGUUCGGGGACGAUUUUCAUUGUACCCGCGACGUUCUCGGACAGGUCAAGUAAGGACAUCGAGAUCUCAUGUUACCCUUGGAGAAUCAACACGCCAUCCUGCCCCGAAACUGCGACGAACCAAGACUCUUGCCAAUCUACGCCUUCGUCAACCGCCUAUGACCUCAUUGCGAGGGAGGACGGUUGAGACCCUUGCACGCAUUGGGGGGCAUGCCUAUCUUAUGUUGCCGAUGGACAUCGCGCCCGCUCCGUUGCAAUUGCCAGCUUGCUUCGUGGCGACCAUAAUACAUCUGCGUAAAGCUACUCCCCAUCCGGCCGAACUUUUCGUUGAGCCUGGUGACAUCAAGGCUGCCACCCGCCUGUACAAUCACUUCGCGCGCCAAGUGCUGCUUGCAGAGAAGGAUGAGCGUAAAAUCGCGAUGACGACGCGUGUGGUCUCGAUGCCCGCCAUCGAGUCUGAGUCAAAUGCAACAGCCAUACUCAGUGUAGGUUGGGUAUUCAAUGGGCUGCUUGCCGGUCUACCAGGUGGGAUCCUCGGCUCUGCCCGUCUCUACCACAUCUUGAGCUCGAUCUACCUUCAGAACAUACCGAACCCUGGUCUAAGCCGGCUGAUUGCCUUGGCCAUCAUGGCCCUGACCAGUGAGACGCAAUGCGCUCUGAUAUGCGGCGUCUUUGCGCUCUUCACAAGCUUGUUGCAGGAUGCGGGGGACCGUCAGCGUCAAGGGGAACCGAGCCAAAGAGCUCGGGACUGCGGCCCGGUCUGUGGCGAGCACGUUGACUCCCGAUGGACUGGCGCGGGUAUUUGGACCGCUGUUAAUCGGCGGGCAGGAUCGCGAACGAGCCACACAACGUGCAGUGGAACAGGAGGUGGAAGAGCAGCGGGUGAUGGAGCUGAUGAUUACGAAUUGGCGACCAAUCUGCCGGACUCUUCGCGAGUUGACAGGGUACAACCCAGGGCCAGGAAGACGGGAAUAAAAACCAGUGGCAUGAUCUGA